AUGAGUGAGCCGUUGGGUGGCACUUCCAGUGAACGUGCCCCAUUUUGGAGCAUUUUUGGCUGUGAUUGUGGCAGUAUAAAGCAGUUUCAGCCCAUAUCGAUCCAAAGAAAUGCUAAGCUACAGAAAAUCGAAUUAAAGGUUUAUGGAUAUUUCCGACGUGAUGCGGACGACGAAAAGCAGCUCGACAUCAGCCCAAAGCUGAUUCAAACACCGGUUGACAAAAUUGGGAUCACAAAGUCAGCUUUAUCAUCCGAGGAUCGCGAGUCUCCACGACACACCUCAUUAUCUCGUGAGAACUCUACCGGUAUUGUGAACAGCAAGCUAAGCGCUAAGAAAAGUAGUUCGCUUCCAGGAGUUCCAAAGAAACAGUGA